UCCAGAAGCUUGGCCCUUUGCCGGUCCGAAUCGGUGGUUGCGUACCUAAGAGGGGUCAACGCCUGUCGGACCACUGUGGUUGGUUGCGUCGCGCUGCUGGGCCUGCUGGGCCUGCUGGGCUAGGAUUAGACACAGUUGAUAUAGUCCAUAGAUACAGGUAGCUCAGAGCUGGAGGCGUCGCCAUGAGACCCAAAACGCUCCUUUGAGCCAACGGACGGCGCUGCUACAGAAAGGAGCCUGGUUGCAUUUUGUAUGACAUGAAGGCUGUGGGAGUUCAGCAAGCGCAAGACUGUGGAACAUGGGCCCGCUCGUGUCCGCUCCUAACUCGUUGAGAUGGCUGGAUCUCAAACUCAUGCUUCUGAGCUGAUCAACUUUGCCGUUAUACCAAAUUCAUUCCAAGGUGACCAUGUACCCAUAUUGCACCCUUCAUGUACCCUUGUCCAUCAUGUGCUGUCCAUCCCGGGUGGUUUCCUUAUAGUCACUCCUUCGCGAACCGGGUGUGAACCUUUCGAAUCGAUCUCAACGCCUUGCCUGGCGAGAACGCUGGCUUUGACACCUCUGCAGCGCCGGCUUUGACCAACAGGCGCUCGAAGCGCUUUCAAGACCGAGACGAGCAGCUCGAAGCGCUGGAAGUUGCGUGGGACCCGACUGAAGCGGAAGACAGUAUGCUUUAUGUCCAGCGCGCGUCCGACCGGAAAACCCUUUUUCAUGCUUUUGGGUGGGGAGCAUCCGGCAAGUCUGCAAGGCCGGAAGCAUCUGCAAUGGGUCAUUCCAAAACUGACUGCCCAGGACCUCUCUCACAAGAGUAAGGCCUUGACGGAUAGUCAGAACCAGAGAGGAUCAACAAUAUGCUGACAGGGCCCGGCGUAGGUGUAAGCGCAUUGUCAUAAUUUGCAAUCUAUUUUGUUUGUAUAGGGAAAUCCUUGAGACAGGUGAGACAGGCAUUUCUUAUUGUUGACCAUAUGAUAUGCCAUCCGACGUAAUAAGCACGGUGGAACAUGACCUAACUAUCGAUGCCUUCAGGAUUGAGUGCUCCUCUCCGUGACCUGGCAGGCGAAAAAACCAAUCGAUUCCAUGUUUUGAUCCGAAACUUGAAUAGAAGCUCUUAAACAGAACGGAACUUAGGUUGGAAAGCGUUUCAACGCUUCAAUGGGUAACAUUGGAACAGAGCGGGACGCCCAACUCCAUGUUCCACGCGGGUUGGACAAAAAGGCGUUCAAACGACCUUUGCUCCGUGCCAAGCUGCUGUGAGCUUGGUAGAUGAAGCCGACAAUGAGGGCACCCCAUGCAGCUUGGCUCCACAUCUCGAUGGGCACGCGUUGGAUGGGCUUGGCAGGUCGAGCGAGCGCAGAGAAGUCUUUUUCGGAUCGUAUGUCAUCUGAGGUUGUAGCCGCAGCUGGGACAGCUGUGAAAGGUUCGCCAGCUGGGCCCCGGGCAGGUGAAGUAGGCUGCUUUUCCUCUCGUUCACCUCUUGGACUCCCCGUCCCUCAAGUGUGACUGGUGCCACCGCACGGCGAGCGAACGCCGAACCCAGCGGUGCCACCGGUGGAGCAGAAGCGGAGACGGUUCCGACGAUGGGACCUGCGGUCGUGCGAAUGGAAUUCGAGGGUUUCGCUGUACAAAGUGUCUGACAUCCAACUCCAUGGAUUGUUCAUUUUUUGAUUCUUUGAUGGGCUGUUGUGGUUUGGUUUUGGUGAAGGUUUUUUCUUGCGAUGGUUUCGAUCCCUUUUUUAAGCGCAUGGCUGGAAGUCUUGCUUCCAAGCCACCUCCACGCAGAUAGGUCCAGUACUGUACUGGCGUAUAAGGGCUGUUGGAGAUCCGUUUUUUUGGAUGGGGAACGCAGAUUGGUUCAGCACUCGCAGGCGGCCGCAGUCGCUGGAAGUUGGAUACGUACUUGAGAAGUCUUGCUACGCAAAACAGGCCAGAUUUGCUUGCAUCCCUCAUUUGCGCAGCAGUGUUUGGCUUACAAGGGACAACCUUUCCAACGAGCUUUCAUGUCUAUUUCACUGAUGAAGAUUAUGUGGACUCUUCUUUGGGUGCAGCUGACUGUGCAGCUGGCUUGGUGCCAGGUGCACCCAUCCAGCCUCGUGAAAACAAGUGGGUGCUCUCUUGGCGCAUUUGGCAGGAGACUCUUGGUGCUGGCAAUUGCUCGAGCCAUGCGCCGUGUGAUGAUAAGACUGCAAUGCUACAAUUCCAAGUCCAGCAGUCGGCUGACCAGUGCACUACCCAAGAGGAAGAGGAUCUGAAUGCCGGGACGUGCGGUGCAGAUGGCGCCUGCAGAUGCACUCCGGAUCCUGAUCCUCAAAUUAUCGGGCCCUUCAACCUCGGAGGGCUACGCUGCGCGGGGCGCAACUCGUGCAGGAGUGACUCCAAUGCCGCGGCGGACAAGGACAAGUUCUUCCAGUUCGCCGACUCCAGCAACUAUCUUGAUUGCUCUGGCGAAGAGUCUUGCAGGGUCUUCUGGAACGUGAAAAAUGUGGGCGCCGCCUGCUGCAGCGACCAGAAUGCUUGCCACAACAAGGCCCGGAUCCACAUGGACACCUCGGGAGUCAGUCAGUGCACCAAUGACAUGUGCUGCUCCGGCAUCAAUGCCUGCAAGCAGUCCGAAGUCAAAGGGGUCGACAACUUGUUAUGCGCAGACAACGGCGCUUGUGACCAGAUUGAUGCGGAAAUUAGCGGGGACUUCUAUUGUCAAGCCAAGCAAGGUUGUGGUGACCAAACCGGUGGCGGAGACAAGGGUGGGUUUGCAUUCUCUGCAGGUGAUGACCAUUGCGUCACAUGCGACAGUCUGGGUGGAGCUGGGAGUGACCAAGGCUCUUGCCAGAAAGCCGCGAUGACAUUCGGCGCAAACUCAGAAGUGAAGAUGACUUGCAGCGGCUUCAAGGCCUGUUUCCAAGCAGAGUUGACACUCGAUGCCGGCACCUGCUUGUCUCUAUCAUGCAGUGGUGACAAUGCCUGCGCGGGCAUGACGGUCGACUUGAAUGGCGGCGAAUGCUCAUGCACGGGCGUCAACUGCCCAACGACCGGACCACCAAGCAAUACGCCCAUUUGUACCGCUACUUGCACAGAUGCUGACGCGCUGUCCUGUCGGGACUUUUUGCUGUGCUGGAACGUCCGGCGGAAACCCAGAUCCCACGAACAUCGAUUGUUCUCAGUGCUGCCCCAUUGUCACCACAGCGCCGCCGACCACGGCACCGCCGACCACGGCGCCGCCCACCACGGCCCCGCCCACCACGGCACCCCACUACUACAGCUGCCGAUGAUACUACUACAGCUCCUGACAUUACGACUACUACGACAGCGGCGCCCGACACCACGGCAACGACUUCGAAGAAACCGUACAACUAUAGGUACCAACGCCGCCAACGUCGCAACAGUCGUACUUAUCGGCGGGAGUACAAGUACGCUUCGGAUGACUCCAAGGAGGUAUAGGCUAGACUGCUCCACUGCCGCUGCAAAAUGCAGCAACUUUUCUCUAUCCGGGCGGUUUGCCAGCUACUUGUGGCAAACAAAUGGCCCCGUGCACUGCCUUCCUUGUGGAUGAAAAGGA